UUUGAUGGUCCCAUCAUGUGAGAUUCUGCGUACAACAGCUCCUUCUGCCUGGACCGCCGAUAUUCUGAUCGAAAUGUCAACGUCGGCAUUCUCCAACUGUCUGGAGCUGAUGGGUCACGACCCAUACUUUGAAUCAUACCAACACGCCAAACUCUUCAACAAAGUCAAAGAGAUAUACGGCCCUGUGUCCUCCCUCUCCCAGUUUGUGAUCUCUCAGUUGGGAGGACUUGCUGUGUUGCUGACAGCAGAGGAGCUGAGCCGCCUGCAGUUGUAUCAGCUGAGCAGCAUCGCUGCCUUGGGCUCCAUCAGCACCUGGAACAACAGUCAGCUGGCUGCACUGUUUGGCGCCACGUUAAGGUCCAUCGCGUGGAGUGAAAGCCAGCUGGAGUCGAGCACGCUGGUGGCGAUGGGACACAUCGUGUGCGGAGCCACGCCUGCACAGAUGAAGCGCUUCAAUCCUGUCGAGUUCAGUAAGGCGGUGCUCUGGCUGGGGAAGCUCAAUCUGAGCUGCUCAGAGGAGCAGCUGCUGACCCUUCUUAACCUGCUGACCUACAGCCUCGCGUUUGGAAGUAUGGACACAUGGGGCUCUGACGUGUUCAUCGAGAUCGGAGCUCUGGCAGCUGGACUUCCAGAUUUGGCCAUGUCAGCUUUGGUGAAAGAACAAAUUGAAGGACUCACACCUCUGGCUAUCUCACUGGUACCACCUUCUAAGCUUGCCGCGGCCUUUAUGGAACUCCAGCUCAGCAUGUUCUCCUACGAGCAGGCUGCUGCAGUCACAAAAAAGCAGCUCUCGUCCCUGUCGCCCAGUCAGGUGACAGCUCUGGACAUUGUGCUGACAUCAUCUGAGAACAGGACCAUCAACAUCAGAGGGAGGUCACUGGGGCCACCGCUGACCCACAGCCCACUGUGUGUCACAGUGGGACUGCUGAUGCUGCUGAUCGCACUGCACUGCCCUGACCUCAUCUGCCCUGGAACAUGACCCCACUCACCCCUGACGGAUCAGGACCAAACACCUCAUGCACAAACACAUCCAAAACCACACACCAGAUAAACAGCACCCCGACAAAGUUUUUACAUUAUUCUGUGUAUGGCAGAGCAUUAAUCACUGACACACACACAC